AUGAGCCCCCCACCGCCGCAGCGCGGCCGCCACUCGCCGCCGGCGCUGGACGACGACUCCAUGAGCGAGAUCUUCCUGCGCAUCCCGCCGGACGACCCCAAGAGCCUCGUCCGCGCCGCCGCCGUCUGCCCGACCUGGCACCGCAUCCUCUCCGACGCCGCCUUCGCCCGCGGCUACCGUGCCUUCCACAGGGCGCCGCCCAUGCUGGGCUUCCUCCACAACAAGAGACACGAGAGGCCGUGGGGCAGGGGGUGGCGCAGGCGCCACGAGGAGUACCUGGUCUCCAACUUCGUCUCCACCGCGUCCUUCCGCCCGCCGGCGUGCCACGAGCGCCGCCACUGGCCCGCCAUCGACUCCCGCCACGGCCUCGUCCUCUUCCACACCCCCAAGAGGUGCGAGGACUUCGUCAUCUGCGACCUCGUCACCUACGACCGGUGGAGGAUCAAGGCCGACCCCGCCUGCCGCCGCAUCAUCUGGAAUGGCCGGUUUGAUGAGGAUUGGGGCGAGUACGAUGAUGAGGACGAGGACGUCACCUGGAACGCCGCGGUGCUCUGUGCCAAGGACGGCUGCGACCACCUCUACUGCCACGGCGGGCCUUUCCUCGUGGCCCUCGUGGGCUCCGUCAGGGGACGGCAGAUGACAUUUGCCUCCGUCUACUCAUCGGCGACUCGUAAAUGGAGCGGCAUGAUCUCCGUCAAGGAACCGAAUGUCAUCGAGAUGACCGGGCACAAUGCAGUUGUGGUAAACAAGGUGUAUUUCCCCUGUGAGCAGAGCGACAGUGUCUUGGAGUAUGACAUGGGUGAGCAAAAACUGUCGGUGAUACGUGCGCCGUUUGCUGGACUGGUGGGAGCGGAGGGCGGCCUGCUCGUGUUCGCGACGGUGCUGAAGCCUAGGCUCCACAUAUGGUUAAUGGAGGUCCGUGUCCGUCCUGAUAGAACUACGGCUUUGGCGCGACGCAGGAGCAUUGAGCUCGCACCAAAGCUCUCUGCUUAUGCCUUGUUGGACGUGUCGGUGGUUGGUUUUGCAGAAGGUGUUGGUGUCAUAUUCCUGAGUACAAAGGCUGGGUUGUACACAGUUGAGCUCAGUUCGGGCCGAAUCAAGAGCAUGGACAGAGAGCCAAGCCUCGGCAAAAUCAUGCCAUACAUGUGCUUCUACACUAGAGAAUGGGGGCGGUUGCCGACCUCUGACUAA